UCUCUGAAAUCAGAGCAAUAGAUCGGUUUUGCGAACCCCCUGAGGAAGGAUUAAUGUGUGAAAUCCUAUGGAGUGAUCCACAACCUAAUCCUGGGAGGGGACCCAGUAAACGUGGUGUAGGUCUGGCCUUCGGUGCAGAUGUCACUAAAAGAUUCUUGGAGGAGAACAACUUAGAUUUAAUUGUGCGAUCCCAUGAAGUCAAGGAUGAAGGGUAUGAAAUCGAGCAUGAUGGAAAACUUAUUACAGUAUUUUCUGCUCCCAAUUAUUGUGAUCAGAUGGGAAAUAAAGGAGCUUUUAUUCGCUUCGAAGCACCAGAUUUGAAGCCCAACAUUGUAACCUUCUCGGCAGUGGUGGGUGUUCAUUUUUAUAAUAUGGUCUUUCCUGUNAAUAAACAACUUCACGUUAAACAACAUGUAAAACAACUCUACUCGGAACACAUACUUGAUCAAGAUCAAACACGAACACAAGUCAUAUAA